AACUGCAUUGCCACAAAGACACUUGUCAUGGCUGCUCUUUUGCCUUGAAAAAAAAACAUAGAAAAACCCAGGAAAUUGGUAUUUUAUGUUCACCUGGGAGUAAAUAUUCUUUUCUUUUUUCCUGUUUUUGGCUGUUUACCAAUUUCUGUUGCUUUCCAAAUCAGAAUUCAUGAGGAUCUGCUGAAGAUCUUAUUCUUAAAAAGCCUCCGUCACAUUUUAACGCAUGGCUAUGAGACACUUAGGGGCUCCCACGGAGGGCUGAGCGGGGGGACAGGAAGCCCUAGCACAGAAGAAGGGGUUUCAGAAAGUUCAUCUGACCGUCCGAAGGGACUGGACUGACCUCUGGCACAGAUGCUGAGUCGGGGGGAUGGGGAGGCGAGCAACCAAAGGUCGGAAGGAAAUCUCUGGGAAGGUAGAAAAAGGCAGUUGGAGGAUUGAUUGGCUCUAGUGAGCUGUCAGUGGGUGAGAAUAUUGUGACCUUCUUGAGCAACACAGCACCCUCCAGAGCCAUACGGAACACGAUAGACGUGUGAUUACAGGAAUUACUACAAUGUUCCUGCAGUAACAACUUGCAUCAGUACUUGGGGUGCAUUGAAGUUCUCCGCUCAAUGAGGUCUCUUGACUUCAGCACAAGAACACAGAUUACCAGGGAAGCCAUCAGCCGUGUGUGUGAAGCCGUCCCUGGCGCCAAGGGAGCCUUCAGGAAGAGAAAGCCUCCCAGCAAAAUGCUGUCCAGCAUCUUGGGCAAGAGCAACCUCCAGUUUGCGGGGAUGAGCAUCUCCCUGACCAUAUCCACCGCCAGCCUGAACCUUCGGACGCCCGACUCCAAACAGAUCAUCGCGAACCACCACAUGCAGUCCAUCUCCUUCGCGUCCGGGGGAGACCCGGACACAACGGACUACGUGGCGUACGUGGCGAAGGACCCCGUUAACCGCAGAGCUUGUCACAUUCUGGAGUGCUGCGACGGGCUGGCCCAGGAUGUCAUUGGCUCCAUCGGACAGGCCUUCGAACUCCGGUUUAAGCAAUAUUUGCAGUGUCCUUCCAAGGUGCCCACGUUCCACGACCGAAUGCAGAGUCUGGAUGAGCCUUGGACGGAAGAGGAGGGGGACGGCUCAGACCAUCCAUACUACAACAGCAUCCCAAGCAAGACACCUCCUCCAGGGGGCUUUGUGGAUGUGCGGCUGCAUGCCAGACCCCACGCCCCCGACACAGCCCAGUUUGCAGGAAAAGAGCAAACGUACUACCAGGGGAGACACUUAGGAGACCCGUUUGGCGAAGACUGGCAGCAAACACCUGUCAGGCAAGGGUCCUUGGACAUCUACGGCAUGCCGGAGGGGAGAGCUCCCGCAGCCCCUGGAGAAGCCCCCACCUAUGUGAACGCGCAGCACCUCCCGCCGCAGGCCACGCCGGCCUCAGGCAGCAGCGCGGAGAGCAGCCCGCGGAAGGACCUCUUCGACAUGAAACCUUUUGAAGAUGCUCUCAGGAACCAGUCCUUGGGGCCUGCGCUGAGCAAAGCAGCCUCGGUGGAGUGCAUCAGCCCCGUCACCCCCAGAGCCCCAGAUGCCAAGAUGCUGGUGGAGCUGGAAGGGGAGCCUUGGUACCAAGGGGAGAUGAGCCGGAAGGAGGCUGAGGGACUGCUGAAGAACGAUGGGGACUUCCUGGUCAGGAAGAGCGCCACCAACCCAGGUUCCUUCGUCCUCACGGGAAUGCACAACGGCCAGGCCAAGCACCUGCUGCUCGUGGACCCGGAAGGCACGAUCCGGACGAAGGACAGGGUCUUUGACAGCAUCAGCCACCUCAUCAACCACCACCUGGAGAACAGCCUGCCCAUCGUCUCGGCCGGAAGCGAGCUCUGCCUCCAGCAGCCGGUGGAGAAGACCCUGUGACCCGCCAGCCACCCUGUCCUGACCCCACGCCAGUGCUCAGGAGCCCUGGGUCUUCCCGGGAGACGGGCAUGGGGACUCCGGAAGCUCGGGCCACUGCCCGCAGGCUCAGAGCCUCGUCCAAAUCCCCAGGAGGAAGGUGUCCGUCAAGUGCAAGUUUCAUAAACUUGUUCUGAUUUUCUCAUGUGCAUAUUAAAGGUGUACAUACCUAUA